AUGAUCGGUCGCAACACAGAACAGGAUGGUUUUCACGCUCUCGUUCAAGCUAUUAACGAGAAGCUGGGACCUAGCAGCGGCAUAGACUCCGCUGACGUCGACGAGAAUGAGCUUCAGCAGCUAAUGGAAGCAUACGUUUCCGAUGAGUCAGAGUGGGAACAGUACUACUUCCCGUCCAAAACGAUGCCAUACACACGAAACGUCGUCGACAAGGGCAAUGGCAAGAGUAAUUUACUCAUCCUGGUUUGGGGACCCGGCAAGAAAAGUCCGAUCCAUGACCAUGCAAAGGCACAUUGCAUCAUGAAGGUGCUCAAGGGAAGCCUCACAGAAACGCGGUUCGCAACUCCCAAAAUCGAAGAUGUACUGAGCCAUCGUCCGAUGACCAAGAUCCGCGAAACUACCUACACGGAGAACCAAGUCACAUAUAUGGCGGAUACUCUCGGUGUCCAUCGCAUUUCCAACCCCGACCUAAACGAGUAUGCCGUGUCUUUACACUUGUAUACCCCGCCUAAUGCAGCGGUUGAGGGAUGCAACGUCUUUGUGGAAGACACGUCGGGUAUCACCCACGCCAAGCAGUGCCACUUCUACUCCGAGUAUGGCGUCAAAGUCAACCAGAACCAACUCUGAGAUAAUAUGCCACAUAACUUCACCCAAGGCUUAUACUGUGGAUAUAUACAUGUGGGAUGAAGAUUGAGGAUAGGCUUGGCUACAAUAUACAAAAGCUAGUGGCGCCGGAAAGACGGUACAUGGGAAUGGCGUUACAGCGGCAUGGAGAAGAUACACUAAAUGCAACUCCUUCAAUCAAUUAAAUAGUAUGGCUCGUAACACAUUGCAUCUAUUGAUAUAUGAUCUUGUCAAGAUCGGUUAUA